AUGUCCUUCGACUUCAACCCGGAGACCCUGGCGACGCUGCGACGCCUCGACUACUACCACGCCGAGUUGUCCAUCAAGCAAGUGCUCAAGCUGGUGCGACAGCAGGGCGAUUAUCUGCUGUAUUCGGAGAAGCAACAAGGUGGAGAGCGUCGAUUGCUGCUGGUAGUGGUGUACGGUCGGUUCUGGAGCGACCGCAAGGACUGUAUGUACGCUCGGCGCGAAUGGAUGUUCGAGGAGCUGCGGGUGCUGCGAAAGCUUGACCAUCCCAAUCUGCUGCGCAUAGAUGGGGCAGUGAUGCGGGACGGCACUCUGUGGAUCUUCAUCAAGUGCGGAUCUGUGAAGAGGACAAAUUUGGACGUACAUCUGCUCGCCGAAGGAGAUAACAUUUCUGAAGCACGCCGCAUCGGAUACCUGCAGGAAGUGGCCUGGGGUCUUCAGUAUCUCCACCGGAAGCACAUCGUCCUCAACUGGUUCCCGCUUGCUCAUUGCAGACUUUACGAGAUGCCGGGGUGGAGUCGAAACGCGCGCAGCUUCAACCAGCAGACGGAUAUCUGGAAUUUUGGUGUCGUCGCCUGGGAGAUCUACACGAACGCGAGGGAACAACCGUACGCCUCGGACUCGAUCGCCCAGGCAAAGGAGAAGAUCAUGGCAGGCGUGUUGCUCUCCUUCCCCCCGACGGCCAAUACUGAGAUUGGCGACCAGAUCACCUCCCGCUGCUGGGCUCGGGACCCGAAGGACCGCGCCGAUAUGGUCACUUUUUUGAUUGCUAGGAAGUUCCGCUCGCCGUUCUUACCCUCUCCGAAAACACAAGACCCUAGAUCUCCUACCUUCUCAAGGGCAUCCGUCUCCGCCUGUCGCCAGAAGACGAAGGCGUUCAAGAAGUCGUCCAAGAAUGCGUGGCCCCAGCUGCCCAGCCCGAGCCGAACGCACUGGGUGCUGCAGAACACGCUGAAGAUGAGCAGCGCGAAGCCGCCUCCGCCGCCGAUGUGCCGCUGGGAGAAGGAGUACUACACAAGGCCGAUGCUCUCCCCGAUGACCGUACUGAUGUUGAUCAAGGAGAUGAAGAAGUCCUUUUCACGUCCCCGGAAGUCGAGCCGAAUGUUCGCCCGAAUGAUCCAGUCGCACUUGCUGCAGUCGCCCCCCGUCGCCCCAGAAGCUGCAGAAGCUGUCGUUGAAGAGCCCACCAACGCCCCGGCCACCUACCACGUCAGAUCCAGAGUGCUGGGCGAGUGCGCGCGCUGCAUGAAAAUGACACUGGUGAACAUUGCCCUCGUUCUGCCAACCUGCCGUGAUUGUCAUCUAUGGUUCAAUGCUGCCUGGAACGAAUUCUACCCGGAGCGCUGCCACCACGAGACUUUCAACGGCAACUGCCGACACUGCAAGUUUGAUCGAUUGAGAGACAAGGGAAUGACUCGGCCGACUGCCACCAAA